CCGGAAGCAGCGGGAACUUCCGGUGACGCAGGCGUGCGUCAUGAUGUCGUUGAUAGUUUGAGAGUCUCAGGUGUGUGAAGGGGAUUAUCUGAGGAAAGUCGGACAGGGACAGGGCAGGAUGACAGCAGGGGUCGUAUUGUCAGUGAUCUUGGCCAUCGGAGGCGCAGCACUAUUUUCCUCUGUUCACAUAGUGGAGGAAGGACACACAGCGGUUUAUUACAGAGGUGGAGCUCUUCUGACGGCCACCAGUGGCCCGGGGUUUCACCUCAUGCUGCCCUUCAUUACCACCUACAAGCCCGUACAGACCACACUUCAGACAGAUGAAGUGAAAAACGUUCCAUGCGGCACAAGCGGUGGUGUGAUGAUCUACUUCGAUCAAAUAGAAGUGGUGAACUACCUCAUACCCUUAGCUGUGUAUGGAAUUGUGAGGAACUACACUGUGGACUAUGACAAGGCUCUGAUCUUUAAUAAAGUGCACCAUGAGCUCAACCAGUUCUGCAGCGUCCACUCACUCCAGGAGGUCUACAUCGGCCUGUUCGAUCAGAUUGAUGAGAAUCUGAAGCUCACCCUGCAGGAGGAACUCACACACCUUGCUCCUGGUCUCAUCAUACAGGCUGUUCGCAUGACCAAACCCAACAUACCCGAGUCCAUCCGUAGAAACUAUGAGCUCAUGGAAACUGAGCGAACCAAGCUGCUGAUCGCUGCUCAGACUCAGAAGGUGGUGGAGAAGGAGGCGGAGACUGAGAGGAAACGAGCUCUGAUUGAGGCCGAGAAGUUCGCUCAAGUGUCCAAAAUCAAAUUUGAACAGAAGGUGAUGGAGAAGGAAACGGAGAAAAAGAUCUCAGAAAUUGAGGACAGUCGCAUUUUGGCUCGUCAGAAAGCCAGAGCAGAUGCAGAUUUUUACACGGCUCAGAAGGCAGCUGAAGCGAAUAAGAAGAAGCUGACUCCUGAGUACCUGCAGAUGAUGAGGCACAAAGCCAUAGCAGCUAACAGUAAGAUCUACUUUGGCAGCGAGAUCCCUCGCAUGUUCCUCGACUCCAGGAGUACGUCCAAUCCCACCGAGCUUCUCUCCGAGGACGUCCUGAACACGGACUGACGACGAAGAAGAGCCGAGAGUUUGUUCCACUGUCCCUCUUUCAUGCCGUUGGGAUAAACGGGUAUCUCAGAGGAACCCCAGAUCAGGUGGCAGCGCUCACGGUUCUGCUCUCGGUGUGGGGCGUCUCCUGACCUCCUGUGGGUUUUAUAGCAGCGUAUUCUCAAGAACACGCACUGACUUGUGUUUCAAACUUAUCUUCUGAUGUCUAAAAAACAAAGCCUCAGGCUGGAUGGUAGGAUGAUGUCUACUGGCCAGGAAAUUGUAUUUUUCUCUAAUCAAGGCUGAGAUGUAGUUUGGUUGUGAUGGAGCUCAAGCUGGAAAGAUUUUUUUUUUUUUUGUUUUAGUUUUCAUUCUUUCAUCACAUCUCUGUGUCUCCAUAUCAUGAGAUGUUCACCACAUGUUCAUGCAAUGAGGUGAAAAUAUACAUACUGAUAUACUGAACAAAUCUUCUCACAAGAGUGGAGACAAACACACCAAUCACGUGCCCUCGUGUGUUUAUUCAUAUCUUCUCAUAUCCCAUGACCACCACCACCACCAUGUUCUCGUGCCUCAUGUCUGGACCUGAGAACAUGUUCAGAUCGUCAGCAUGGCUGGUGAUUUUGACAACAUGAAUGUAUGCCCAGGUCCAGACAUGCGUGUUGAGAACAUGGUGGUGGUCAUGUGAUUAUGCUCACACACUGACUGGAAUGUUAGUGUUUAAAUAUUUCUGUUGAAUAGAUCAUUAGUGUUUAACCUGCCAGAGUUUUAACAUUAAAGUAAACAAGGAUUCCGA